UGAUUACUAGGUAGGAAUUGACGACUGAUGGUUUCCUUAUCAUUCUAUGUGAAUUGACGCCGGACUAUAUUCACCGCCCUAACAACUCUGUUGCCCUGCCAAAACUCCACCAAAAGUCCCACUCAAUCGAACAACACACACCAGUCAAUUGGACAGGAUAGGCUGCAGACAUAACAAGGUAACAUAACAGAAUAAUAGCACGGACCAAAGAGAUUGAUUUCUAGAUCUACAACUUGUACCUCUCUCUUCCUCUUACUUUACCUUCACGUACCAUCCUCAAGUAUAUCUUCAAUUUCCUACAUUUUCUACGGAAUUGUUGUUUGUUGUCCUACGUACAUAUCCUUCUGCAUUCCUCAACCACAUACUCACACUCACACUCACAAGAGAUAUAUUAUUCAAUAUGGUGAGUUGCUCUCUAUCCCCUAUUCCUAUUCCUAUUUCGAAUACGAAUACUUCUAUACAUUCCGCAUUCCUUGCAUAUACUCCAAUAAGAUGCCAACCCUAAUAUCGCAAUUUCUGAUUCCGAUUUGUUGGAUUUGCUUCUCGUUCUGCUUUGUUACUGCUUGCUGCAGCACAUGUAUUGGCACCAAGACGAGAAAAAGCAAAAAGCAAGAAGCGCAAAUUCCUCCAGUGAGCGGGUAGUAACGAAUUAUGGUUUUGUUUAUUUGAUUCACUUACUUCUUUUUGUUUGUUACUCCCUUCCUUCCCCUUUGAACUCUUUGUUUUGCGAAUCUUACUGUUACUGCAUUAUUCGAAAUACUUUAUGAUACUCUACAUCCAUCCAUCACAUCACAUUACAAUACAAUUCAUCGCAAGAGAAUCAAUACAUUUGCAUUCAAUAACAUUUGCAUUUGCAUUACCUUACUUUACUUUACAAUUCUACUCUAUUCUCUACGCAACUCUUACAAACAUCAUCUCAUUUUACACAUUUUCUUUACAACUUCACUCUAUAUUGCAUUCCAACGCGAUUCUCAUUCACAUCCACAUUCGCAAUACUCACACACAAAAUGUCAACUAAUCCACCCUAUGAUGCGCAGGCCUCCACAAACUACAGAGAAGCAUUUCAACUCUUCGAUAAACGCGGUACCCAACGUGUACAAUUGGAUCAAUUGGGCGAUUUGUUGAGGGCUUGUGGUCAAAAUCCUACGUUGAAUGAGAUUAGAGAGUUGGAGAAAAAUGUCGGUGGUGAAUGUAAGUUUGUUUUUUCUUUGGAGUCUGUGCGAGGGAAGGAUGGGAUGUUUCGAGGUGACGCUCCGCUGGCCCUCCGGGGGCCACUGCCGUGGUGGAAUAUUUUGGGUUGAAAUUCUCGAGUUAUGGGGUUUUAAGGGCUUGCUGAGUAUAAAGGGGAUGGAGUAAAGUCUUUGGGUCGAUGUUUCUCCUUUGAUGCCUCAUCUGCGGAUUAACAUAUCGGAAAUCUUCGAGCGCAGCGAGCUAUAGGGGUUUGGGGGCUUGCCCCCAUCAUCAAACACCAGACUAAAGGACUAUUUGUGAGGGUUUCGUUGGGGUUUUUAGAAAGGGGAGGAGCAUGGUUUGGAAUGUGGUUUUUGCUUGGGAAAAACAUGAAUCAUACUUUUCUCAAGGAUCUAUACUAACAAAAAGUCAUAACAGUUGAUUUCGAAACCUUCUCUAAGAUUCUCAACCGACCAGGUGGAUUCCGUGAUCCAGGUGAACCUGAAGAAUAUUGUCGUGGUUUCCAAGUCUUUGAUAAGGAAAUGACGGGAUACAUUGGGGUUGGACAAUUGAGAUAUAUUUUGACAAAUUUGGGAGAGAAAAUGAGUGAUGAGGAGGUUGAUGAAUUGUUGAAGGCAGUUGAUACUAGUAGUGGGGAGAUUAAUUAUACUGGUGAGUUUAAGAAAUCGUGUUUUUUCUAUUUGGAGGGGAGGGCCGGGGGUGUCCCAUUCAGUUGCCAGAGGGAGAUGGAAGUUUGGAAGCACGAAGAAAGGAGAUCUGGAGUUUUGAAGAGGAAAUCAUAAAUAGAAAGCUAACAAAACAUCAAUAGAUCUCGUACGAACAAUCCUCGCAAACUAGCUUUUACCCUUCGAUAUGGCAGCAUACGAUAUGAUUAGUGUAGGGGGAAGGAGAGGAAGGAUGCAGAGAGAUAUAUGAAUAAGGGGAGAGAAACAAAGAUAUUACAUCAAUUGUAGGAAAUACUUUUCAUGGCAUAAAUAGGAGCUGUGGAGUGGGAGGAUAUUGAUAAUGGUCUAUAGCCAUGGCGUUGUAUGAAACUUUUUGGCCUUCUUUUGCUCAUGGAAAGGCAGAAAUGGAUAUUAUGAUUUUUGCAGAUGAAGAUAAGAUGAAAUGAGAUGGUGUAUGCAUGAUUGAUUUGAGGAGUAAUUGAAGUUUGAGUGUACUAAUAAAUGAUGCAUAAUGGUGAUUUUGGAUUCAAUA